AUGUCCAAUGACGAGUCUGUCUACUACUUCGCCUACGGCUCAAAUCUGUCCACGACCCAAAUGAAACAACGCUGCCCAUCCUCUCGUCUCGUCGGCCUGGCCUUUCUCAGAGACUACACUUUCAUCAUCAACGGCCGAGGGUACGCCAACGUUGUCCAAAAUGGCGCCGACGACGUCGCCAACGACGCGGGCGUCUACGGUGUCGUCUACAAGAUUAGCCCCGAAGACGAGGCUUCACUAGACAGGUACGAGGGCGUUCCCUACGCCUACACCAAGGAGUACAUGUCGGUCGACUUCGUGAAGCUCAAUUGCAGCGAAGCCCAUCACAGCUUUUUUAUCCCGCACGCCGCCUCGAACGAAAGCGAAGACGGCAGAACUAUUGACGACAGGAUAGUUUUCAAAGCAGACCGCGUGCUAGUCUACAUUGACCGAGAGAGAACAAGCCCCGGCCCGUCGAACGCGGAGUACGUUGACCGCAUGAGCCGCGGCGUCGAGGAAGCCUCCGCCCGGCUCGGCCUCCCGGAGGCGUACGUGACUGGGACCAUCGGGAGGUGGAUCCCCGGACUGAAGAUCCCGACCGCCUUUGCGGCUGCUGCCGAGGACCUGUCGUCCAGCGCCUCUUGA